GUAGGUGCAUCCAACUUCCCGGAAACAGCUCGAAAACCAUUUGGCUUGAGCUUUUUCUGAAAAUUUUAAGCAUUGCAAUCUGUAGAUCUUCAUCUUUCCAUUAAAUUAUUAAUCCAUUCCAAACUACUUAUAAAUCUUGAGAUUUAUUUGAUAUCAUUGACCAGAAAAAGUCAACAGCUUAAAAAAGGUGUGAAACUCAUCACGAAUUUGCUAAUUUCUUGGUGGGUUUAAUUUGUAUGCCCUUUUGUUAAUCUUGGGAUAAAUAAAGAUUAUUGAUUAUUAAGGUUUUCCUCUGUUUUUGUUGUUGUGAUUUUGAAAUUUAAGUAAAUUUGAGGGCUUUUACUGAUUAAUUGAAAUGGGUAAGGGGGAGUUAAGGAUGGACAGAGAUGAGGAUGAAAUGGAGGCCGAAUCUUCGUCUUCACCAUCUCGUGUUCGUUUUGAAGAGGUUCGUCCUUUUCGUACACGUUUUCCAGGCUUAGUUAGGUUAAAAGCUUAUAUCUUUGAUGGAUUAGGUGAUUACUAUAAUAAAGAAUGGGAUUUAGUAGAGGGUAGUGGGAAAGAGUUUUGUUGGUAUCAUGUUGAAAUUCCGAAAGGAAACCAAAAACUUUCUCAAUCGGCCCAGUAUCUUAUUGAUGUUCUAUGUCCGCCGUUGAAGUUGCAAGACAUUCUUUCACUGAUUAGUAAUGGGCCGUAUUGUGGGUAUGUUGAUGGGGCACUUGUGUUUAGGGUUAAUUCACCUGGACCGCCUGCUAGUAAGUUUACGUUUAGGUUAGCUGCUAGGAUUACUGAGAAUUCGGUGAUUACUGUGUCGUUGGGCAGGGUUCCUAGGUUGGGGUUUUCUCCAGUGGGUCAAUCUCUUCUUUCAGAGAUUCCUAGUGUGGAGAGCCCGAGUACUAAACAGGGGGGAUCACGGGAAAGUAAUGGGAUUGUGAUUAAGGAGCACGUUCUUGAGUUCUUGUUGACAAUGAAUCAUUCUGAAGAGGCGGAUAAUCCUGUUCCUAAAUCUGUUUCCAAUUUGGUUGUUCAUAUUGUUGAUACACAUGUGGAUCAUCUCGAGGAUGUUGUUACUAAACUUGAGAUCGAGCUUGAUUCUGUAGAAGUUGAAUUGGAUAAAGGUGGUUUUUCUUUAAAGAAACAAUUGCUGGAUGAUAGAAGAUUCCCUAAAAUGCAUCUAGACUUGCAACGGCUCUUGCAGGUGAUUACACAUGGGGAACAAGUAUUUCCACGAGUGAAGGAAAAAUGUUCUACCAAGGAUUGGUUUGCAAGUGAAGAUAUCAGUUCCCUAGAAGAGUUGAUCCAACGAUUGAGGCGGUUAAAGGAUAAUGUCGGUUUUAUCUCCAAUCGGGUCACUGCUGUUCAGGCUGGUCUUGACAGUUGGCAGGCCGAGCAAAUCAACAGAAAACUCUACUAUCUAUCGUUCCUGUCCAUCAUAUUUCUUCCACUAUCCAUAAUUACAGGAGUUUUCGGGAUGAAUGUGGGAGGCGUUCCUUGGACAGGACAAAAAGAUCCAAAGCUAGUAGAUGGCUUCAGAAACGUGAUGUUGGUUUGUUUGGGGACAUUAGGUCUUGUGUUCUUAUGUUUCCUGUUUCCAUUUCUUUAUAGUCGGAUAACUGCUUGGAGGAGACAAAGAACUCUUAAGAAAAGCUGGUCUCUCAACCGGCGAUCUUUCCUUAAAAGAACUGUUGCUGGUGAACGAGGAGGGUACCUUCGGCUUUGACCUGAAUAAAAACUCCUGCUUUCUCUUGGUGUAUAUUUUGUGCAUAGCUACUCUUAAAAAUGUUUUGAUACUGUAGCAGGAUGUUGAACUUCUUUAGACAAGUGUAAUGUGACUGGCCUGCGAUUUUUGAACU